CUCAACAAACGUAGUGCACACAAACAAUUUUGAAGCUAUGUGGUCGAGGCUGAAAGAGUUUUUGAGACUUUAUCAUGGCUCCAGAGGCCGACUCUUCUGUAGUCAUAUGGAUGAUUUCCUCUACUGCAUGCAUUAAGACUAGAGCCUCUGAACCUCUUUCUAACCUUGAAAAGUUUUUGAACCACGUAUAAUAAGUGUAUCCACUCUAUUUCUUUAGUUUUGUAUAACAUAUGUUUACUCUAUGCUGACUGUUUGUUGAUUGCCUAAUAUUUCUCAAGGUCACUUAAGAUUCGUUCGAAAGUAAUCCAUAAAUUAGGGUCUCGCCCAUAUCACUUUGGAUCGUAGUUUGUUCGGGUUGGAAUAACUGAAAUUACAAAAUAGGCUCCAGUUUCAGUUUGGAAAAGAACAGAGGCUCUUUGGCCUAUAUUCGACAGAUGGAGCUUCAAUCACGUGUUAGGGUACUGGAUUUCACUCGUUGAUGAUUCGAUGGGGAGUUAAAGAUAUUAUUUAUUGGAGUGAGCCAAUCAGGUCGGGUAUUGUUUCCGCUGUUGGGUUGACAUUUUUGUUAAGUUUAUCUUGCAUGUCAUUCAUUUCCGUCGUUGCUUACGCUGGGCUUGCCUUAUUUUGCUGUACAGCAGCUUGCAAACUGUAUAAUGCCGUUCUUGGUUCAAAUAAACAGGAAGCGUCAGACAAUUCAAACCAUUCAUUUCAUUCAUGGCUUGAAUAUAAUAUUUUGUUAUCUGAAGAUAAAAUUGCCAAACGUGUUGGAGCUGCAUCUGAACAGUUAUCUGAAAAAUUAAAUCAGUUACGUCGUAUGUUAUUGAUGCAAGAUUAUUUUGAAACUGUCAAGCUUGCGAUUGGCUUAUACAUACUAUCAAUUAUAGGUGGAUGGUUUAAUUUACUUACAUUGAUAAUUAUACUAUUCGUUUUGGGAUUGACGUGCCCCAGAAUUUACUUAUUAUACCAGCCUCAAUGUGAUGAAGCAUUCAAAAUGGCCAAAACGAAAGUGACAGAUAUACUUAAAAUUAUUGAAACUAAAAUUGAAAAACUUCGUGGUUCACCAAAAAAGUAGGAUUUCUGCAUCCUGUUUACAGUGAUCUAUUCAGUCUGGUGAUAUUCACUCAAAUGAUGUAUUUGUCUUCAGUGAUUUGUAAUGUGUGCAUAUUCUUAUAGAAAUUACUCCUCUUUUAGUCUUGUUAUACAUUUAAAUUUUCUCUGAAUCAUGUAACAAUACUAUAAUUGUGCUUUUGUCAUUUAUUCCGUUAUUAAUUAAAGAAUCUUCACAUUUUAAAUUAAGAAUUAUUUCCUUCUACCUCCUGCCUCUUCGUUUUCGUUUUGCAUGUUUCAAUGUUACUUGUUUUUAUUUUGUUUGUCAUUAGUUUGUGAAUCAGAAUAAAUUGGUUGAUUCUGUCUUGAAGUUUUAUGUAUCAACUUUAGGUUUACAGUUAUUUGAACGUUUUGUCUACCCUAUUAAUCUCAAUAGAUGUCACAAAAAACUAGCCUUGAUUUUGCCUUCCUAGUUCUCAGUUAUUGAGACUGUUUUACAACGAAAUAUUUUAUACGUAUUUAAAAGAAGCUUGAUCCAUCUUCACUUUAGCCCUACAGAAAUUAAAAAAAUUGUGAUGCCUAAAUAAACGUACAUGCUCA